AGACUGCUCAGCUCACUGCUCAGAGAGGUUAAGCGGUUUAAGCUCACUUUGCUAAAACUAGAAUCGUUCAACCAACGACGCCUUUAAUAAUAUACUAGUGUUUUUGUCGUGCGUUGAAAAAAGCAUCCUUUCAAAAUGUCUGGAGCGACAAAACCCAAAUCAGAAAUGAGCCAGGAAGAAUUAGCUAAGAGAGAAGAAGAGGAAUUUAACACAGGACCGAUGUCAGUUUUAACACAAUCUGUGAAAAACAAUACACAGGUGUUAAUAAACUGUAGAAACAACAAAAAGCUGCUGGCUCGUGUCAAGGCGUUUGACCGUCAUUGCAACAUGGUUCUGGAGAAUGUUAAGGAAAUGUGGACUGAACAACCUGCAACCGGAAAAGGAAAGAAAAAGUCAAAGCCAGUCAACAAGGACAGAUUCAUCUCCAAGAUGUUUCUGCGAGGAGAUUCAGUCAUCUUGGUUCUACGGAAUCCACUCGCCACUGCAGCGGGCAAAUAAUUCCUCAUCAUCUUUAAGACUGUGUGUGAUUUGUGUUCAAUUAAUAAUGGAGAGUGUACUAGGCCUAAAUGUUUUUUUUUUUGUUCCGUUAAAAAGUAUUUGAAUGUAUAGUAGGCCUGUAAACUUUUUUACCUACCAAGUCUUUCUAGUUUUAUAAUUAUUUUUAUAAACAAUAGUCUCUAGUCUAUAUUCAUUUAAUAAGGCUCAUUAAAAUUUUGAAUGUUCUGGAUGACUCAACAACCUCUGGGUCCACAAAUUAUUGAUUUAGUGAGGUUUGACUGUACUUUAGUAAAAUUCAUAUCAGGCCAA